AUGGGUUUAUCUCCUAAUACAUGUCUUUUUAAAAAUACUGAAGCUACUCAGAGUAACGCUAGUGAACGUACUGAAUUAUUUCCACGGAGCAGUAAUACAGCUCAUUUGGAGACGCAGCAAGCCUAUAAACGUCCAAUCAUUGCAGUACUUACUGAUAAUGAUGAUAGUGAUGAUGAUCUGUUUAAUUUUGGUGGCGGGCCAUCAAAAAAAACAAGUUUACAAGAUAAAUAUAAAAGUUUAGAUGAAGAACUUUACGAUUUAUUUCAAUUAAAAAAAAGUAUGCAGACAAGUGAUAAAGUAACUGGCAAAAAAUCACCCAUUAAAAACGUAAUUUUCAAACCGAAACCAAAGCCUUUACCUAUUAUAACUACACGGAAAGAAAAAACUACAGUUGAAGGUUUUCAGCAAAAAUCAGGUGUGCAAAUAGAUAAUUCGCCACCACGGAGCAGUAAUACAGCUCAUUUGGAGACGCAGGAAGCCUAUAAACGUCCAAUCAUUGUAGUACUUACUGAUAAUGAUGAUAGUGAUGAUGACCUGUUUAAUUUUGGUGGCGGGCCAUCAAAAAAAACAUGUUUACAAGAUAAAGAUAAAAGUUUCGGUGAAGAACUUUACGAUGUACGAAAUAAACAACAACAACAGGAAUUAUGUCUACUUGAAACAGAAAAGAUCGGUGUGAAUGAUGAUGGCAAAUCCGGGAGCAAACAAAAUUCAAUAUUAGAUGAUGAAAGUAUGUCAAAGCGUAAACAGAACAAAAUUAUUCAAAUUGUUAUAAGUGACAGUGAUGACAGUAAUGAAGAAGAGAAUUUAUUUCAAUUAAAAAAAAGGAUGCAGACAAGUGAUAAAGUAACUGACAAAAAAUCUCCCAUUAAAAACAUAAUUUCCAAACCGAAACCAAAGCCUUUACCUAUUAUAACUACACGGAAAGAAAAAACUACAGUUGAAGGUUUUCAGCAAAAAUCAGGUGUGCAAAUAGAUAAUUCGCCACCACGGAGCAGUAAUACAGCUCAUUUGGAGACGCAGCAAGCCUAUAAACGUCCAAUCAUUGCAGUACUUACUGAUAAUGAUGAUAGUGAUGAUGAUCUGUUUAAUUUUGGUGGCGGGCCAUCAAAAAAAACAAGUUUACAAGAUAAAUAUAAAAGUUUAGAUGAAGAACUUUACGAUUUAUUUCAAUUAAAAAAAAGUAUGCAGACAAGUGAUAAAGUAACUGGCAAAAAAUCACCCAUUAAAAACGUAAUUUUCAAACCGAAACCAAAGCCUUUACCUAUUAUAACUACACGGAAAGAAAAAACUACAGUUGAAGGUUUUCAGCAAAAAUCAGGUGUGCAAAUAGAUAAUUCGCCACCACGGAGCAGUAAUACAGCUCAUUUGGAGACGCAGGAAGCCUAUAAACGUCCAAUCAUUGUAGUACUUACUGAUAAUGAUGAUAGUGAUGAUGACCUGUUUAAUUUUGGUGGCGGGCCAUCAAAAAAAACAAGUUUACAAGAUAAAUAUAAAAGUUUAGAUGAAGAACUUUACGAUUUAUUUCAAUUAAAAAAAAGUAUGCAGACAAGUGAUAAAGUAACUGGCAAAAAAUCACCCAUUAAAAACGUAAUUUUCAAACCGAAACCAAAGCCUUUACCUAUUAUAACUACACGGAAAGAAAAAACUACAGUUGAAGGUUUUCAGCAAAAAUCAGGUGUGCAAAUAGAUAAUUCGCCACCACGGAGCAGUAAUACAGCUCAUUUGGAGACGCAGCAAGCCUAUAAACGUCCAAUCAUUGCAGUACUUACUGAUAAUGAUGAUAGUGAUGAUAAAAGUUUAGAUGAAGAACUUUACGAUUUAUUUCAAUUAAAAAAAAGUAUGCAGACAAGUGAUAAAGUAACUGGCAAAAAAUCUCCCAUUAAAAACAUAAUUUUCAAACCGAAACCAAAGCCUUUACCUAUUAUAACUACACGGAAAGAAAAAACUACAGUUGAAGGUUUUCAGCAAAAAUCAGGUGUGCAAAUAGAUAAUUCGCCACCACGGAGCAGUAAUACAGCUCAUUUGGAGACGCAGCAAGCCUUUAAACGUCCAAUCAUUGCAGUACUUACUGAUAAUGAUGAUAGUGAUGAUGACCUGUUUAAUUAUAAAGAUAAAGAUAAAAUAACUUGA